GCCUGUGAUAUAGGAUGAGCUAAUAGAGCUAUGCAAGUGGAGAAUUGCAUCUCGCUGACGAGUGAAAUCUCAAAGAAAUUUAUGAAUGUGGGCAGUGGCUUUGCGAGCUCCAAUGGAUCAGAGGAGCUCUCGUUGCAGGACCAUCCUAUUAUACCUGCAAGUGACAACCUGGAGAGAAGUUCACCUCUGAAAAAAAACUCCAGGGAGAUGACGAAUCAGUCAGAGGCAGACAAUUUCCCCGACUCCAAGGACGUGUCGGGGGACGUCCAGAGGGGAAAACUCUCUCCUGAUCUCCACGGAGUCUCUGACAUCCGUCAUAAUUUCGAUGGAUCUGCAGGAGAAAGGUGUAUCUUUUCUCCGUCCGCCCAGCCGCCGUCAGUCUCCGCAGCUCCUACUGCUAUGUUUCCGUACCCGAGCCAGCAUGGACCGGCGCACCCGGCUUUCUCCAUCGGGAGUCCCAGCCGCUACAUGGCCCAUCACCCGGUCAUAACUAACGGAGCGUACAACAGCCUUUUAACUAACACAUCUCCGCAAGGCUACCCGACGGCGGGUUACCCUUACGCGCAACAGUAUGGACACACGUACCAAGGGGGAGCUUUUUACCAGUUCUCCUCGGCGCAGGCGGGACUGGUGCCGGGGAAGGCGCAGGUGUAUUUGUGCAACAGGGCCCUGUGGCUGAAGUUUCACAGGCACCAGACAGAGAUGAUCAUCACAAAACAGGGACGACGAAUGUUUCCGUUUUUAAGCUUCAACAUUUCUGGCCUCGACCCAACCGCUCACUACAAUAUAUUUGUGGAUGUAAUUCUCGCUGAUCCAAAUCACUGGCGAUUCCAAGGAGGAAAGUGGGUGCCGUGUGGGAAAGCAGACACAAAUGUUAUAGGAAACAGAGUUUACAUGCAUCCGGACUCACCGAACACCGGUGCGCACUGGAUGCGUCAGGAAAUCUCCUUUGGAAAGCUAAAGCUCACCAACAACAAAGGUGCCUCCAACAACACAGGCCAGAUGGUGGUCCUUCAGUCCCUCCACAAGUACCAGCCCAGGCUCCAUGUGGUGGAAGUGAACGAGGAUGGGACAGAGGACACCAGCCAGCCGGGAAGAGUCCAGACGUUCACCUUCACGGAGACGCAGUUCAUCGCGGUGACCGCUUACCAGAACACCGACAUUACGCAACUGAAAAUCGACCACAAUCCGUUCGCCAAAGGAUUUCGGGACAAUUAUGACACUGUAUACACAGGCUGCGACAUUGACCGCCUAACUCCAUCACCGGGUGACUCUCCGCGCUCACAGAUCGUGCCGGGUGCGAGAUACGCCAUGCCCAGCUCCUUCCUGCAGGACCAAUUUGUCAGCACUUAUGCCAAAUCUCGCUUUCACCCUGGCGUGGGGACUGGUCCUGGCACGGAGCGCAGCGUCCCACUCGGCAACAGCUUGCUCUCCCCGCAGCAAAGCGAGGAACCCACUGUUGCCACCCCCCCGCAGCGUUGGUUUGUCACCCCUGCCAACAACCGACUGGACUUUGCCGCCUCGGCAUACGACGCCGCCGAUUUCGCCGGUAACGCGGCCACCUUGCUGUCCUACGCAGCGGCCGGAGUAAAGGCUCUUCCCCUGCCGACUGCGGGCUGCUCCAACCGGCCUCUUGGCUAUUACGCAGACCCGUCUGGCUGGGGAGGACGCACGCCGCCGCAGUACUGCGGCGUGAACACCAAAUCCAGCUCGGUGUUUUCCUGCUGGCCCGCCAACUCCCUCGGAGGCAGAGCGGGCACCAACUACCUGUCGGAGGAGGGAGACUCCAUCGCGACGGAGAGGUCACCGAUCGGUGGCUCGGAAGAGACCAAACCCAAAGACAUCAACUCUGAGUCCAGCUGGAUAGAGACGCCGUCGUCAAUUAAGUCGAUCGAUUCCAGCGAUUCUGGGAUCUUUGAACAGGCCAAAAGGAGACGGAUCUCCCCCUCUGCCACGCCGGUUUCAGAGACAGUGUCCCCGUUAAAAUCUGAGCUGCUGGCGCCGAGAGAGUGCGAGAAGAACUGUACAAAGGACAUUAGUUACUACAGUUUUUAUUCUCACACCACCGCGACACCUGACGGGAUUACACACAGCGGAGGUCUUCUUUUAGAACCGGAUCACUGCCGAUUGAGGAAGAGGAUGGAUACGUCGGAACAGGGAGCUCAGGUAGAGCCACUGCUGCUAUCGGUUAACUCUUCACUUGCUUCAUCAAUCAGGCGAAGGAGCUUGAGGAAUGAUGAUGAGGCAGUGGUGGAUCGGGGAGGAACACGGUCCCAGCAGAGAGCUAACUUUGAGCAGGAAGAUUUUGAAGGCCACAGGACUCUCUACAUUGGGGUCCAUGUCCCCUUGGGCAGUACCAGGAAUCGUAGCCAUCACAGGCACCGUCACCAUGGAAAAAAACAUUGGAGGAGGAGCAGAGAGCGAACCCUUCCCUCGGUGGGGGGAAGAGAGUCUCCACUUUAUGACACUCCCUCCCAGCGGGUGCAGUUUCUGCUGGGGGCAGAAGACGAUGAUGAGGAGCACCUCCCCCAUGACCUCUUUACAGAAAUGGAUGAGAUCUGUCUGAGGGAUGGAGAGGACUCUGAGUGGAGAGAAAGCGCAAGGUGGCUGAAGUUUGAGGAGGAUGUGGAGGACGGGGGAGAACGAUGGAGCAAACCCUAUGUAGCCACGCUUUCUCUCCAUAGUUUGUUUGAACUGCGCAGCUGCAUCAUUAAUGGCACUGUGCUGCUCGACAUGAGGGCAAAUGGCAUGGAGGAGAUUUCAGAAAUGAUCCUAGAUCACCAAGAGUUAUACUCACCAUUGGGAGAGGAAAUAAGAAAGAAGGUGCGUGAAACUCUCUUGAAGCAGCACCAUCACCAGAACCAGAAGAAGCUGGCUAACCGCCUGCCGAUUGUGCGCUCCAUUGCUGACAUAGGGCGACGGGCGUCAGAGCUACAUCUGGACAAGAAUGGUCAGCUGAUGGCGUCUCAGUCUCAGUUAGCGGGUCCUGAUGGCAAAGGGGACAUCAGCAGGGAGAACAGUGCUGUGGACUUUAGCAAGAUAGAUCUUCAUUUCAUGAAAAAGAUCCCUCCGGGGGCAGAGGCCUGCAAUGUUUUAGUGGGAGAGCUGGAAUAUCUGAACAAGCCAGUGGUGGCAUUUGUCCGCCUUUCCCCUGCAGUCCUGAUAAAUGGGUUGGCUGAAGUACCAAUCGCCACAAGGUUUCUGUUUAUUCUGCUGGGACCUUUUGGUAGGGGGGCUCAGUAUCAUGAGAUUGGAAGAUCCAUAGCAACUCUUAUGACAGAUGAGGUUUUUCAUGAUGUUGCGUACAAAGCUAAAGACCGGAAUGAUCUGAUUGCUGGGAUUGAUGAAUUCCUUGAUCAAGUGACUGUUCUGCCUCCAGGGGAAUGGGACCCAUCAAUACGCAUAGAGCCACCAAAAAAUGUACCUUCUCAGGAAAAGAGAAAGAAAAACAACCUUUUACCAAAUGGCUUAGUGGAGGGUGAGGAGGAGGAUGAAGACGGUGACCACGGUGGUCCAGAAUUGCAGCGUACUGGAAGGUGGUUUGGUGGCCUUUUUCUGGACAUCAAGCGCAAGGGCCCCCACUACUUGUCAGACUACUCUGAUGCUAUUAGUUUGCAGUGUGUUGCCUCCUUCUUGUUCCUCUACUGUGCCUGCAUGUCCCCUGUCAUCACCUUUGGAGGACUGCUAGGCGAGGCAACAGAGGGAAGAAUAAGUGCAAUUGAGUCACUGUUUGGUGCUUCACUGACUGGAAUAGCCUAUUCCCUGUUUGCUGGGCAGCCCCUCACCAUUUUGGGAAGCACAGGCCCUGUGCUGGUGUUUGAAAAGAUACUUUUUAAAUUCUGCAAGGAGUAUGGCUUGUCCUAUCUGUCUCUGAGAACCUGCAUUGGCCUGUGGACAGCUUUUCUAUGUAUUCUACUGGUGGCCACAGAUGCCAGUUCCCUUGUUUGUUACAUCACCCGUUUUACAGAGGAAGCGUUCGCUUCGCUCAUCUGCAUCAUCUUCAUUUAUGAAGCACUGGAGAAACUUUUGCACCUGGGGGAACACUAUCCCUUUAACAAGAACAACAACUUGGACAAACUCACCACAUACUCAUGCGCUUGUGUUGAGCCUUCUGACCCCGCCAAUGGCACCAUGAAGUUUUGGGAGGUCAACAACAUAACUGCUUCGGAAAUUUAUUGGGAAGCCUUAGAGGUGAAGGACUGCAUCGAAAAGAGAGGGGAGUUUGUUGGGACUGCCUGUGGUCCUCAUGGACCCUAUGUUCCUGAUGUUCUCUUCUGGUGUGUCAUACUCUUCUUUUCUACUGUUGUCAUGUCUGCCUUCCUCAAGGAGUUCAAGUUCAGCAAUUACUUCCCAACAAAGGUGCGGUCUAUCAUCAGUGAUUUUGCUGUUUUCAUCACUAUUCUCACCAUGGUCUUGGUUGAUUAUGCCCUAGGGAUCCCUUCUCCAAAACUGAAGGUGCCUAAUGUGUUCAAGCCAACCAGAGAUGAUCGAGGUUGGUUUAUCAACCCGUUGGGGCCCAACCCCUGGUGGACAGCAGUCAUAACUGUUGUACCAGCUCUACUUUGUACUAUCCUCAUCUUCAUGGACCAGCAGAUUACAGCUGUCAUCAUCAACCGGAAGGAAAACAAACUCAAGAAAGGUUGUGGAUACCACCUAGACUUGUUGAUGGUUGGGAUAAUGCUGGGUGUGUGCUCUUUGAUGGGCUUGCCGUGGUUUGUAGCAGCCACCGUCCUCUCCAUCACCCAUGUUAACAGCCUGAAACUGGAGUCGGAGUGCUCGGCUCCAGGGGAGCAGCCGAAAUUCCUCGGCAUCAAGGAGCAACGUGUCACAGGUCUCAUGAUCUUCCUGCUCAUGGGCUCCUCUGUCUUCAUGACGUCAAUGCUAAAGUUUAUUCCCAUGCCGGUGCUGUACGGAGUUUUUCUUUACAUGGGGGCAUCUUCUCUCAGAGGCAUUCAGUUCUUUGAUCGCAUCACGUUGUUUGGUAUGCCAGCCAAGCAUCAGCCAGACCUCAUCUACUUACGACAUGUACCCCUGAGGAAGGUACACCUCUUCACCGUCAUCCAGCUCACCUGUCUGAUUCUUCUCUGGGUUAUCAAGACCUCCAGGGCUGCCAUUGUCUUUCCCAUGAUGGUCUUGGCUCUGGUGUUCAUCAGGAAGUUAAUGGAUUGUAUCUUCACCAAGCGAGAGCUGAGCUGGCUUGAUGAUCUCAUGCCAGAAAGCAAGAAGAAAAAGCUUGAGGACGCUGAGGAGGAAGAAGAGCAGAGUAUUCUUGCAGAAGAUGAAACAGUUGUUCAAGUGCCACUAGGGGAAUAUCAAGGAAUACCCAUCAUCAACAUCACAGAUGAGAUGUCAAAAGGCUCGUUUGGAAAUACUUGGAAUGCCAAUGACUGAGAAAAUAAAGGAAGCCAUGCAAGCUUUCAAAAUUA